AGGUGGGACGGGUCAGUAGCCGCCCGACCCUCGCCCAGGACGGUACCUGGUUCACACGCUCCGCGCCACCUUGGUACCCACACUCACGGUUGGUACCCCCACACCCACGAGAGGAGCCAUGACGUCGUCUGAGGUGAUAGUGAGGGAGGCAUACAUCGGAGGGUCGUGGAGGGCGGGACGGGGCGGCACCUUCCCCGUCCACGACCCGGCCACGGGCCAGACAAUAGCCAGCGUCGCCGACUGUACCGUCGACGACCUCCACGAAGCUAUCGAGGCGGCGAGCAAGGCGUACAGCAGGUGGCGCCUGACCACGGUGAAGGAGCGGGCGACGCUGCUCCUCAAGGUCCGGGAUGGUCUGCUGGCCAGCAAGGACGCCAUCGCCACCACUCUCACCAGGGAGAAUGGUAAGCCCAGGGCUGAGGCGGCCGGCGAGGUGGGCUUCUCCGCCUCCUUCUUCGAGUGGUUCGCGGAGGAGGCGCGGCGCCAGUACGGGGAGACCAUCCCCAGCAGCGUCCCCUCCAAGCGCAUGGUUACCAUCCGUCAGCCAGUGGGGGUGGCCGCCCUCAUCACACCGUGGAACUUCCCCAUCGCCAUGCUGGCCAGGAAGGUGUCGGCCGCCCUGGCCGCCGGCUGCACCUGCGUCAUCAAGCCGGCAGAGGACACGCCCCUCGUCGCUCUCGCCUUCGCUAAGGUGUGCCAGGAGGUGGGUGUGCCUGACGGAGUGGUGAACGUGGUGCCGUGCUCGCGAGGCCGGGUCCAGGAGCUAGGUGCCGCCCUCUGCACCUCCCCAGACGUCAAGAUCCUCUCCUUCACCGGCUCCACUGUUGUGGGACAGUGGCUGUACUCCCGGUGUGGGGCCACGGUGAAGAGAGUGUCGCUGGAGCUGGGGGGCGACGCGCCGUUCAUAGUGUUCCCGUCGGCCGAGCUGGAGGCCGCCGUCACUGGCGUCAUGGCCGCCAAGUUCCGCAACACCGGACAGACAUGCGUCACAGCCAACCGUAUCUUCGUGCACGAGAGUAUCCACGACGACUUCGUGUCCCGCCUGGCGCAGGCCAUGGACCAGCAGCUGAAGAUGGGCAGCGGCCUCGACCCCGCCGUCACCCAGGGACCGCUCAUCAACUCCCGCCAGCUACACCGACUGGAGCAGAUGGUGCAGGAGAGUGUGAGGCUGGGGGCGGAGGUGGUGCGGGGCGGGGCAGCCCACGGCGGCCUCUACUACACCCCGACACUCCUCACCGCCGUCACCCCGGACAUGCCCCUCGCUAAGCAAGAGAUAUUUGGCCCCGUGGCUCCUAUCAUCAAGUUUACCACGGAGGAAGAGGUGGUCACUCUCGCCAACACCACUGACAGGGGCCUGGCAGGUUACUUCUACUCCAACGAUAUGAGUCAGGUGUGGAGGGUAGCGGAGGCGCUGGAGGUGGGGAUGGUCGGCGUGAAUGAGGCUCUUGUCUCGACCUGUGAGGCACCUUUUGGAGGCUUUAAGCACUCAGGACUUGGCAAGGAAGGCUCUAAACACGGCCUUGAUGAGUACACUCAACUUAAGUACAUCUGCUUCGGGGUCUAGAGUCCACGGAGUCGCUUCGAUUACUUCAGCUACAUCCAGAUGUUCCUCCUCAACCUUCAGGAAAUAAAACUGCCUGCCAAGAAUUAUGUCAUCUUUUUCUUUAUAUUUAUUUUAAGACAUCUUCCAUUUUCUGUCCUAAAUCUAGAGAAAUAUAAUUUGUUAAAGAGCAAUAACGAAUACAUACAGUAAAGUCAAGUUCCAUUAUGUAGUUAAGGUAAAUAAUACAAUAAAGGUUAAAUUCAGAA